AUGCCCUCCCCGGAAUUGAGCCGCCCCGGGUGGGGGGUGGGGCCGGGCGGCGGGGGCUGGGGACCCGGGCUGCCUGCGCGCUGCGAACUUCCCAACUCGGGCGCGAGGCGCGCCGGCCCGCGGGGGGAGGGAGUCCCGCGGCGGGAUCUGGGGGGAGGGCGUCCCGUUUCCGAGUGGGGAAGAGCCAGCCCCACGCCGGUCCGCCUCCCGCCCACGGCUCGGCCUCCCUCCCGCCUGGCUCGGCGCUCCUCCGCCCCGAGUUCUCCAUCCCCUGGAUCCCGGGCUCGCGGGGGCGCGGAGAAGAGGAUCCAGGAAAGCCAUCCUUGGCCUCUUCACCUUCACGUCUUCCCUGCUGGAACCCAGCCUGGAAAAAUGCAUUCCUACCUGUACCCGCAGCCCUUAAGGGGCCCCUCACUCAAUGUCAUGGAGCAGACAAGUCACCUGGGACUACUCCCCACUAACCCCCAUGGACAGAAGUGGAGACUGAAGCCCAGAAAAGGAACAGGACUUCCUCAAGGUCACAGUCAAGGAUCCCCUAAAAUAUGACAAUUCUCUGUGGAGUGUGCCAAGAUGGAACCUCUUUUGCCCUGGAACUCUGAGUCUAUGAUAUCUAGAGCAACCUCUCUCUUAACCCUGCCCUGUGUCAACUGGCAUGAGAUAUGGA